CGCUCCAUCAUCGCCGCCAUUAUACGCCACAGGCGGCACCAAGACAGGCUCUUUGACUGGGAAUGCGUGCGGCGCAGGGCGGCGGAGAUCGUCGAAGACUUGGCUUACCAGACUCCAGAGCUGAGACAAGUGGCACUGUUGCCUGGUGGCCCAAUGGAGCCGCACAAUGUUCUUCCCAUCUGCUUCCGCCGGAGUAGCCACGUGAAGAAGCAAGCCUGCGACAGGCGGCCACAAGCAACUACACUGGCUGUUGCCAAGCUCUAUCUUCGGAAAAGGAGCAGAUUGCCAAGUCUCUCUCAGGAAUCACCUGACGAACUGCUAAACAAGACACUGAAUUGGGUGGCUUUUUUGUAGAUGAAAGUUUGAUAGCUGGCAGUUUGCCCGGCAAAUUUCAGGAGAAGACACUUCAGAGAACUGGAAAGGAAGGUUCUUCAUGUAAUAUUACAUUUGGCACCUCAACAGAUCAUGCUAGCAAUUCUGUGGCCUCAUCACUGACAGGGAAAGAUGCUGCUUCUGCUCUUUAACUGAAGAAUAUGUCUGGUGGCUUGGCAGGCCCUGCUACAUAUCAUGGGAUGUCAUCAGUGGCAAUUGAAGGUGAAUUGGCAAGCCAUGUGCCAACAGCUGGUGCUCCAUUCUUGGGGGCAACAGGUGCUCCAGUCUUGAUGACUGAGUUUGGUAGCUUAGUAAGCCAUUUUGAAAACUCUGAAGUCACCUUGAUGGCAAAUGCAGGUGCCACUGCUUCUCCAGUGUCCCAGACUGCAUCUAAUAGCUUCACAGGCCCUACUAUAAACCCUGGGAGGCCAUCAGUAGCAAGUGCAGGUAAAUUGUCAAGCAAUGUUGCAACUCCUGUUACUCCAUUCUUGGUGACUAGGGGUGCUCCAGUCUCGCUGAGUCUUUCUGGUAGCUUGUCAAGCCAUUGUGGAAACUCUCGUGUCACCUCCAUGGCAAAUGCAGGUGCUAUUGUUGCUCCAGUCUCGCAGACUAUGUUUGGUACCUUGACAGAUCCUGCUAAAACCCUUGGGAUGCUGUUAGUGACAAACACAGGUACAUCAGCAAGUUGCACACUGACUCCCGGUGCUCCAUAUUCUGCGAUUAAUUCCAUAUCAAGCACCCCUGAAAACUCUGGUAUCCGACUGAUGACAAAUGCAGGUGCUCAUGUUGCUGCAGUCCCACAGGCUAUGAACUUGGCAAGCCAUUUUCAAAACUCUGGGAUAACUGAGCAUUUGGAUCAAAGAGGUCUCCAAUGCAGAGAGCGGAUUCAAUCGAAAGAACCCAAGGGAGGAGCUCACUAAUUCUGACAAGCAGGCAGGAUCCUCAUCCUAAAAGGCAACGGACGACUGGCGCUUUCGGCAAGAUGCCGAAAUCGGUUGAAACUUGAGCCGGGGAGACCCGUCCGCGGCGUGAGCUCCGAGCACGAGCACCACCAAGCUGAGAAAAUCGACGGACCAUAUACCACCUUGAUCUGCCAGUGCUGCCAUAGGUGUUGUUUAAUUUAAUUAUUAGUUGCUCUAUCUGUGCCUGCUGCUACUAUAUGGCAGACACUAUUAAGGUCUGCGAGCCUCAUUCUACUAGCCAGCUACCUAGAACUUGUAAGAGAUGCUGUGUGUAAUCGUGCAGCCAACUCUGUUUCCUUGAUUGUCAACUGUGUGUGGCAAAUGAAGUUAAGCACUUGGUCUAUGAUCAGUGCCAGCCAUCAGGACUAUCUUUAAUUAUGCGUUGCUUUGGGACA